AUGUACGAAGCCGAGAGCAGCGAUGACGACGGCGUUGACGAGGAGGACGAAAUGUUUGCGAAAUUCGGUGAAGACCGUAGGACCACUGCUUUUGAAGUGGACGACGAUAUGGAGCGUGUCAAAGGGGAACUUACUCAUUCGAGGCUUAAAAUGACAGAGUUGGAGUCGUACGACUCACUUUUCACUGAAUUCAUGAACGGUGCUGGAGCGAAUCCUCCAGAAACCUUCACACCUUACACUGAACUUAUGCAGAAGAAUGUACAGUCCACACGCUCCGUUAUCCCUUUUGUCAAGAUUGCUUUCCCUGAGCUACAGAACCCGGAUGUUGACUGCGAACGACAACCAUUGUGUGAAAAUAGAGCGAGCAUGAGGUCCGUUGUUUGA